AUGGCGGUUCUCACAGACCUCGUUCUCGAGGCCACUCGUGUCGCUAUUCGAGCCGCUACCGAUACUCCGUCUUCGACGUCCAAUUCUUCCAUCAUGUCCACCACCUCGAGCACGCCCACGGACUCAAACUUCCAGAACAAUAAGAACUCGGACGGCAGCAAAGACCGAGGCAGCUCCCCGCUCCUCUUCUUUGUCGCUUUAGGCUUUGGCGUCGUAUUUACUAAUCUAUGGAUCAUCGUCGGUGUCAAGUACUGUUUCCGCUACAAUGCCCGCAAUCGCGCCCGACUUGGCGAGGAUGGCGAGCCGCUGCCUCUCGAAAAUAUGCCCAGACCUCAUCGUCGUCGCCGCGAAAAGAAAUUGAUGACCAUGGACGAGGUCAAUGAAAAAUUUCCCAUGAUGAAGUACAAAACGUGGGUGAUUGAGCGUGCUAGAGAAGGCUUGCCCACUGCAGGUGGCGUAGAUCCGUCGGCCAGCAGGCCAACUAGCAUCCACAACGUUGAGGCCGUUUCCGCCCUAGCCACUGCAAAAGAACGUCCGCCUACAGACGAAGCAAAUACCGCCCCCAAGACUGAUGAGCCUGCUGUUACCGCCACUGAAGCACAGCCCGACGAGACGCCAGAUGAAACGGAAAAGGACAAGCCUGUCAAGGAAGCCGACGCUAUCGAAUCUGCCGGGCAGACGUCAACCGCUGCGCCCAUAAAACCCGAUGCAGUGCAACGAGUCGAGAGCCACGACGACGAGGAAGACGACGACGAUGAGCACAUCAACGCCGCCCUGCCACCCGAGUGCCUCGCUGCUCCCGGUGAUUCCUGUGCUAUUUGCAUCGACACACUCGAGGAUGACGAUGACAUCCGCGGCCUCACCUGUGGCCAUGCUUUCCAUGCUGUUUGCGUUGAUCCCUGGCUUACGAGCCGCCGUGCUUGCUGUCCGCUCUGCAAGGCCGACUACUACACACCCAAGCCUCGGCCCAACCAAGAUGCCGAUGCUACUGCACAGCCCAACUCCAGCUUGGAUCCCCGUAGCAAUACGCGCAUGAAUAUGCCUACAAGCUUUGCGUCCGCUUGGUUCCGCUCCGGUCGCGCUCCGCUCCGAGCCGGCCGACGGACCACGGCCAACACGACAGAAGCCCCUGCACACCAAAAUAACGAGUCGUUUAGUGGCAGCAUGGUGUCAUCUGUGCGCUCUGCCCUGCGCAUCGGCCGCAGAAACAAUGCUGCCCAGACGGAGGAGGCCGCCCCUGCUGCCACAGAACCGACACCCGGCCAAUUAGAGUCGGGUACCAGGCCUCCUGUUGUCGCGUAA